UUUUAGUUGUCAAGGCUAGCGAGACCCAGACAGCAGACAGCAUGGUCCCAGCAUGCUUUUUGCCAUUUUUUUUGUUUGCAUAGUAACUGUCAGGUCCAGCCCCGCAGGUAGUGGAACCCAGCGGGAAGAAGGGGCGGGACCCAACGAUGCAGCUUGAACUGACAGCCAAUUUAAAUUACUGAGCCUUUUUUUUUUUAUUUUUCUACUCUGCGACAAACUGAAAAGAUUCCAGCACGCUAAUUUAACCACCCUGCUUCUUCUUUCUCUUCUUCUUCUUCUUUUUUUUCUUUUUGUUUGUUUUUGUUUGUCUCCCUCUGCUUUCAGGAUAAUUAAAAGAGAAACCUGUACAGGCAACAUUCCGGCAAACGAGUUGGUGCUGCAACGUGCUGGUCUAUUGAGCUAGAGGAAUAGAGGAAUAAAAGAGGCUGCCCAGGAAAAAAGAAAACUGAAAGGACUGUAAUUUUCAACUUAGGCCAGCAAGCUAAAAGCAAGCAUCACCACAUAGAGUGGCCUUUGUCUUUCUUGAGUGACUGCUACCGAGUUAUCUGGAACAUUAUCAAGUUCAUUAACGGUACAGCUAACAAGAUGAACGGCGCUUUGGAUCACUCAGACCAACCAGACCCCGAUGCCAUUAAGAUGUUUGUCGGACAGAUCCCCCGGUCGUGGUCUGAGAAGGAACUAAAAGAACUUUUUGAGCCUUACGGAGCUGUCUAUCAAAUUAAUGUCCUCCGAGACCGGAGUCAGAACCCUCCCCAAAGUAAAGGUUGUUGUUUCGUAACAUUUUAUACAAGAAAAGCUGCACUUGAGGCUCAGAAUGCACUGCACAAUAUUAAAACCUUACCUGGGAUGCAUCAUCCCAUUCAGAUGAAACCUGCAGAUAGUGAAAAGUCAAAUGCUGUGGAAGACAGAAAAUUGUUCAUAGGAAUGGUUUCGAAGAAGUGUAAUGAGAAUGAUAUCAGGGUGAUGUUUUCUCCAUUUGGCCAGAUAGAAGAAUGUCGAAUCCUCCGGGGACCUGACGGGCUGAGUCGAGGCUGUGCGUUUGUCACAUUUUCUACAAGGGCAAUGGCACAGAAUGCAAUCAAAGCCAUGCAUCAGUCUCAGACCAUGGAGGGCUGUUCUUCACCUAUUGUGGUGAAGUUUGCUGACACCCAGAAGGACAAAGAACAAAGGCGUCUUCAACAGCAGUUGGCACAGCAGAUGCAACAGCUCAAUACUGCCACUUGGGGGAACCUGACAGGCCUGGGUGGACUCACCCCACAGUACCUGGCGCUUCUGCAACAGGCAACCUCCUCCAGUAACCUGGGUGCAUUCAGUGGCAUUCAGCAAAUGGCUGGCAUGAACGCUUUACAGUUACAGAAUCUGGCAACACUGGCUGCUGCUGCGGCUGCUGCCCAAACCUCAGCUACCACCACCAAUGCAAACCCUCUCUCCACAACAAGUAGUGCCCUGGGAGCCCUCACGAGUCCUGUGGCUGCUUCAACUCCCAAUUCCACUGCUGGUGCAGCCAUGAAUUCCUUGACCUCUCUGGGGACUCUGCAAGGACUAGCUGGAGCCACCGUUGGACUGAAUAAUAUUAAUGCACUAGCAGGUACCAUAAACAUGUCCUCACGCUCCUUCUGGCUGCCUAAAGUUGCUCAAAUGCUCUCAGGUAUGGCGGCUCUCAAUGGAGGACUUGGCGCCACGGGCUUGACGAAUGGUACGGCUGGCACGAUGGAUGCCCUCACCCAGGCCUACUCAGGAAUUCAGCAGUACGCUGCCGCUGCACUGCCAACGCUCUACAGCCAGAGCUUGUUACAACAGCAGAGUGCCGCAGGCAGCCAGAAAGAAGGUCCAGAAGGGGCAAACCUCUUUAUUUAUCACCUUCCACAGGAGUUUGGAGACCAGGACAUUCUGCAAAUGUUCAUGCCUUUUGGAAAUGUUAUCUCUGCUAAAGUCUUCAUUGACAAACAGACCAAUCUGAGCAAGUGCUUUGGUUUCGUUAGCUACGACAAUCCUGUCUCUGCACAAGCUGCUAUCCAAGCUAUGAACGGCUUUCAGAUUGGCAUGAAACGCUUGAAGGUCCAACUGAAGCGUUCCAAAAAUGACAGCAAACCUUACUGAUCUUAACCCCAGAAGCUCACUGCUGUUAUUUUAGCUUUCUUAGGGUAAGUCCCAUGAGCCAGCCUGUUCUCCACAGGGAAGGCAAAGGAGGACCACAUUGCCAACUUUCACCAAGAGAGACAGUUAUUUUUACAUUAACGCCUCCAUUCCCCUACCCACCCAACCCACCCACCUCGCCAUUAUUAAAACUUGGGCUACUUCUUUCCUACGAGUAAAUUCCUCCAGUUGUGCUACUGUAUUAUUCUCUUUUGUUUUGCGACUUUAAUUGGUUUUUUUUCAUUCUUUUAUUUUUUAAAGAAAAACACAAAAAAUAAAUGACAUCUUGAAAAGUUAGAAGACAAACUCUAAUGUGCAAUUGAACUCUGAAACCACUGGUGUCCUUGAGAGCACUGGCUAGGAGUAUUUGUGGCUGUCUGUCUGGACUUUACAAAGGGCACCAGCAGUUUAGAGUUUAAUGUGGAGGCCUAGAGUGAGAACAAAAGCCAAGAGAAGCACUUAUUCAAAAUUAAGCAAACAAACAAAACAAAAAGUCUUUCCACUACAUGACUUCAUUAUAGUAAGAAGGAGUUUAUUUUAGGGUUCAAAGAACAUGAGGUUUAUUGGUCAAAUUAUUACACUGGUUGUCUUUAUUUUACCAUUGUUUUUAUUUUAGUUUUUAGAAAGGAUUAAUGUAAAAAAAGAUUUAGAGGAUCUGUUUCUUAAAGCUACAGGGUUUAAAAAAAUAAAAUAAAAAUGAGUGAAAAUACUUGAUGUUUCUUGACAGAUAAAUUUAAUAAUAAUAAAUACAUAAAUAAAUACAUAAAUAAAUAAAAAGAAAGCCACAGGCCUGUAAAUUUUAUUUGUAAAAAAAGCAUUUCUAUUUUUAUACAAAAUUUUUACUGCCUCAGAAAUAAUGGAAGUUAUUUAUUGCCUAUUGUUAACUUAUUGGAUACCUAAAGAGCAGUUCUCUGUGCUAGCUAGAUCCUUUUGAAGUAGUCUAGUCUACUCGUGCCAGGAAUGGGCUUUUUUUCACCGUUGAACCCUAGACCUAAAAAGUUCAUGCUUUAUCCUCUUGUUGUUUGUAUGUCUGGUUAUUUUAUUUGUAGUUUCCAUUAUCUAGUUUAAAGUUCGGCUGUCUGACUUUCCCCUUAUGUUACAUUUGUUGAAACUGGUCCCUUUCCCCUUCCCCUGCACCCCCAAACAACCGAAUCCAUCCCCCUUCUCACUCUCUCUGGAUGGAUUCUCUUGGGGUUUCAUUGUGCUGUGGAUACAGAUUGUAAGAAAUGCAAAUUAUGUGAAUGGCUCCUAGACUCCCUAAUGAGUUAAGAUUUGCAUUAGUUUUCUCCUGCACCCAUAAAAGUGAUUUUGUUUCUGCUGCAUAGAUUUCUGUGUAACUUUUUACUCUUCCUUGUUUUUUCCCUAGACAUCUUCAUGCCCGUUAGUUCAUCGUUUGCCUAGCAUGUCCCUGUGGCGUCUCAAAAAAAAAAAAGUUUCAUCGUCCCGUCAUUGUUUCUGAUGUCUUUCUGACCUCACAUCAUAUUUGGUUCUCCUACUGACCUUUGAAAUUUGCAUGUGACCUCAUCUAGCUAUGAAUUCUGGGAAGUCAAUGUGAAAAACAUUGCUGCAUUCAUGCAAGACUGAAAUUUAUUAUUAGACAAAUUAAUUCUAGAAGAAAAAAAAACCUGUGGCAAAAUGUUUCUUUCUUUCUUAAUUUUUUUUUUCUUUUCAUAAAAAAAAAAACAGACUUGAAAGUAUUAUACAGGGAUUGGCAUUCUUCCCGGUCACUGGUAACAAUAGCAAUAUGUGUCCAGGGACACAGAAUGUUGGUUUCUAACAGACUACUUCCAAAAACAGUUUGAGAAAAAAAAACUGUCUGAUUUUAAGUCUCUAGAGGUCUGUAAUCGUUUUUACAUUUUUCAGGCAGUGUAAAGUUUUUUGAUAAGGCCAUUUUAGGUGGCUCACUUUCUCAUUAAGAUAUAUAUAUAUAGAACCACUUUUUGUAGAUUAGUAUAAGAAAAUAUUUACCCUGUUUUGGGGCAAAUGCUACCUAUUUGUGUCACCUUUUGCUGAACUGACUCACAGUUAGACAAUCCAUGGUUUAAUGCACAUGAAAUUAGCUAUAUUUUAUACUGUUCCAAUGUACAGGAGAAAGGUUACUGUAAACUGUGUUACGUUGGUGCUUCUGUGAAUUAAGUUGUGGUUUCAUCAUGAGUCUUACGGUCUUAAGUGUUCUAUGUUGAUAAGACAAGUUUAAAAAUUUGGUUUACUUGAACAAAACAAAAAAGAGUUUCAAAAAAAAUUGUUUGCUUAAAAAAAAAAAUUUCAUGUGAGGAAAAAAAACCUAUUCCAGAAUAAGUUUUGUGUUGGCUUGUGAAGCAUUGAUGUCAUUUUUUUAUUGUGGACAAUUUAGGUGUGUUUGUGUUCAGCAAAAUGUGAUCUGUUUUUUUUUCUUUUAAAGAAAAAAAAAAACAGUGAAAAUAUAUAGUGCCAAAUUCCAAAGGUACUUCCUUCCUAGAGCUUCGGUGUGUUUCUUGUGAGAAGUAAUUUGAUAACAUGGGUAUUUUAUUAUGUGUUUUGUAUAAAUCCCUAAUAUUUAAAAAAAAAAAAAAGAGGUUAAAAAGUUUGUUAACUUGCUAUCCUGUGGUCUUGUUGCCUGAAAUUGUUAUUGUUUGUUAUUUCUCUUUGAUGUUUUUUGUAAGACAUUGUAUAAGUGCCCAUGUCUCACUUUUUUAACCACUCUGCACAUCAAUGCUGUGAAGGCAAACCUCACAAUGUAUUUUCUUCAUAAUAUUAUGGAAACCUCUAAGGUGAGAAAGUUUUGAACUUUUAACCCUUUCUACCCAGAGCUGUCUGGAAUGUUGGUACCUUUGAUACAUCCACCAUUUUAUUGUUGGGUUUGUUUGGGGAUGUUUCUGUUGGUCAUUUCCUCCUCCUGCCAUUUUCCCCUCCCCCCAUAUAUCUAUUUUUUUGUGUGUGGUGGGGGUGCGGGGCUUGAUUUGAUUUUUCGUUUAUCUGUUUUUUAAACAUGGUUGAAAUCUACAAGAAGGAAAAAAAAUCCACAGGGCAGAUCUGAAGGGUAAAACCAAUAGUAUUUUACCACUCUCCAAAAUUCCCCGCCCCCUUCAUUUUUUUUCCUUUCACUUUCCAGAACUUUUUUUUUAAAUCUUCUCAGAGAGCUCUUAAUGUGCUGCUGUAACUUGCUGUUCAGUAUUAAAUAACAACAGUUUCUUACUGAUUCUUUCCUCCCCUCGUCCCAUUCCCUCAAGAAAAUGGUGAAUUUUAGCACCUAAUGAUAUCAAUUUUUUUUCCAACUUCCUUUUGAAAUCAAGUGUGGUGGUGCAUUCUGGCCGAGACCUUUUUAAUGUGCACUGCAAUUUAAACUACUUUUUAAACAAACAUUUCCUGGAUAACGUUUACAAUCGGCCAUUGUGCUGGGGAUUGUCUGAGCCCUCUGGGUAUGGCCUAUGUGUGCAGAAUACCCAGAAUUUGAAACUGGUAGCCCUUUCACUGCCUUUCUGAUGUUAGUUUGUUGGACUAAGUGCAUCUGAGGAGACUACAAGCAGAACUCGCUUCUCAUUACUGACACACACAGAAAAAAAAAAUUGCCAACCAAAUACCCAUCAGCAUUAAUUACCUGCUGCCGUUUUUCUAAAGUGCCAUAUUUCUUUUUAUAAAAUCAAACACAGACAUCAUAAAGACUGAAGGCCGUAACAACCACCAAAUGAAAAGCCCUUUCUGAAAAACACAAAACAGGUCAUUGGCAUCUUCUCUGUGGCUGGGUACAAUGCUGGUGACCUUUCUAUCUCCCCUCUCUGACUCACUCACCCCUUUCAGUUUAAUGUGUAUGGAUUGUGAUAGCCCUGAGGUGGAAAGGACUAGCCUCUCAUGAUGCAAAAAAAGAAAAAAAAGAAAAAAAAAGAAAAAAAGAAAAAAGAAAAAAAAGUUUCCUUCUUAUAGCACAUGCACUUAUGAUGAAAUGAUUUUUAUUAUCCUCACACGUGUUUACUACUGCUGGGGCCUUCCUUCAUCCUUUGAGGGCUAUUUGUACUUCCUGCAGCAAUCUGCUUAAUAACAAAACAGAUCGCACAUAUGUCUCUCAUAUAUAUCUAUAUACGGGGUAUGUGUAUAUACAUAUAUAUAAACACAAGAGAACUUCAUUUGAAUCUUAGACUGUUUCACUCAGAAUCUUCUCAUCUGUCAACCACAUAAAUUUCCAAAGGUUUUUUUUCCAAUUUCUUCAACAAAAAUUACUCUCCCUGUCCCACUUUUAGCCCUUCUCCUACCUUCCUCUCGCCCAGAGUGGACUGAGCACUAUUCAAGAGAAAGUUGAGGGUGAGCACUUUUAGUUGAGCAUUUAUUAUUUUGCAGGCAACCAAGAUAUGGUAGGUUUGGUGGAAAUGUCUGUCCCCCUCCCCCCUUUUAUUUGUAUGUGUUGUCUUUGUUAAGCAAGUUAUCCCUCCUUAGUGAGAAAUAGUCCCCCGGUUUACUUUGACUCAGAAUAUCAAAAGGAAAAGCUGCAAGGGUGCAAAGGGCCUAUGCCAGAAGGAAAAACAAAACAAAACAAAACAAAACAGGGAAAUUGCUUUUCUUUUUUUAAAUAAAAAAUUAAAUGUAGAGAAUAGUAGUUUUUAAAUUAAAUUAGAGACUUGCAAUGAAAUGGCAAUCCUCAAAGGCAUAAAUAAGUUCAUCUUUCUUUCACCAUAGGGGUUAUAGUUCUUUGGCUUGUGCUAUUCUGGAACCAUUUUACUGUUUCUGUUUUUAUUAUCUUAAGUGCUAAUUAACAAGAAGAAGAAAAAAACCUGUAGUUUCAUUACCUUUUUGGAUAAUGUCAUACAAAAAAAAAUGUAUUUGUGUUUUUUUUGUGCUGUGAAAAAUUGUUGUUUGUAGAUUAAUAAUAUGAUCAUUUUGUUUAGAAUUAUAAAAUAGUUUUUUAAGUAUUGUCUGAGAAAAGCCAAAGUUAAUGCAACCUAGUGGAAACUGUAAGACCAUUUGAGUAUUGUUUCUGUUUUAUUGAUGCAUUUGGAUUUUGUUGUUUGAUGGAAUUUGAGCCAAAAAAAAAAAAUGCAGGCUUUCCUAUUUCUACAACUGAUUGUACUUAUGCAUUUUGUACCAGUGGAACUUUUUAUACUGGAGAUUAAAAAAAAAAAAAGGAAACUUUUGUGGCUUACUCUAGUGGGCCCCCUGACCAUGACUGAUUUCGAGUUUGAUUUCUGGUUGGUAGAAAGAAAGUUGGUUUUCUUUUGAGAAUUAAAAACUUUGGCUUGCUUUCUUUUUUUCCCUUUGCUUAUAUCUAGCGUUAGAAUUUUGUCUUUUAAAAAGCGGUAAGUUUCACUUUUUAUUCUGUAUUGUGCAGUUACACAAUAAGGUAAUUAGAAUUAGGAGUACUCAGUCACUUUAAGUGGAUAAAUGUAUUAGUUAAAACUUUAGGGGUUUGCUUUUUUGCUGUUUAGAUCAAAGUUUUUUCUGAUUCUUCUGUCCUCAUUGUGAACAUAACCGUGUAGUUGAAACAGUCAAACUUAUUUUUGUAACGUAUGUUAUUGUGUGAUGCAGUUUUUUGCUUCUGUCUCCAAUAUUAAACCAUUUUCCUAAUACUUGUCUCUCUCUGCGUGUUGUAUUGUUGGUGGUCAUUAUAUGUUGGUAAUACAUCUGCACACCUCACUGUUUCACGUCCCUGUUUUUUUCUAUUUGUUGUGUAUAAAAGAUACAGUCGAUUCCACCUAAGUGAAUAUCUGAUUUGGGGGAAAAAGGAGGAACUGUGCACUUUAGCUUUCCUCAGUUUAUUUCUAUACCACAGCCCACUUCAAUUUCUGGGCAUAGACUUUUUUUUCUUUAUUAACAGUCGGUCUAUGGGGGUCACUUAAGUAACUACCUACAGAGUUAUAUUUGCCAAGGCCUUUGUCAGUCAUUUGAUUACAGAAGCUCAUUCUCAUUCUCUCUCUCUCUCUCUCUCUCUCUCUCUCUCUCUCUCUCUCUCUCUCUCUCUCUCUCUCUCUCUCUCCCUCCCCCUCCCUUUCUCUCAUUCUCUCCCUCUUUUUCUUCCUCUUUCUCUCCCUCCCUUUUCUCCUUCUCACCUUUUCUUCCUCCCUGUCUCCUCUCCACUCCCCAUUCUCCCUUUGUCCUUUGGUCUUUCCCUGUUGUGCAAACACAACAUAUUCCAAAAUGUAGAAAGUCAAUCUCUGAUCUCAAGUGAAUUCACCUUAAAAUGGGAAACAGCACCUAUCAGUUCUAAAUAGUCAUAACAACAUGCUCAUAGAAAAUUCGACCUGAAAGGGACCAGAGAGAUCUAGUUCAGUUCCUUUCCCCACUACCUAGGUAAGGAACCUGAGGCCCUUGACACCAGGGAGGAAUUUGAACCCAGGUCUUCAGACUUGUCUAGUGUUCUUUUUUCCAUAUUACAUCUCCUGUUCUACCUGCUAGCUCUCUGUAAAACUUUAGAAAACUCCAGAGAAGAGAAGCAGCCCUGAGAUUUCUUCUAAUUGUUCGCUAGUCUAUUGGCAUAUGAUGAGUCAACUUUUUUUAAGGAAUGAAUCACAUUUUAAAUAAAAAGUGAGAGACCUGGGGGUGGGGGUGGGGGGUGGGAAGCAAGCUCACUAGGUGAGCCAGAGCCAUGCAUAUAUAUGACUAUAUUGUGUAGUUAUACAUAUAUAUAUGUGUGUAUAUGUAUAACUAUACAAUAUGUAUCUAUAGUCAUAUAAGAAGCAGGUGUUGCCAAUCCAUCAAUUGAUAGAUAGAAAAAAAUAUAUUUUUUAAGACCUAAGGGAGCAGCUUUAGUUACUAAGGCUAAUGGAAAUCAAUCUUCCCUCAAUACUCAAACAGGCCAUUUAUUUUGAUUUAAAGGGGGUCUACUCAUCACUGGAGAUGAAUUCCAAAUGGAAUUUUAAAAGUUUAACAAAAACACACAUUCUCUCUCUCUUUUCUUUUUUUUUUUUGUGGUCUUCCCCCUGUACCCACCCCCCCAACACACAUUUCUAUAGCUGGUGUCAGAUAUAAUUGUUUACGGUGUCACACCCUGACUAACAGAGAUCUAAAGCUUUAAACAGCUUCCUUUCUACCCCUUGCCUCUCCCAAAACCCAAUUAAAACUCACUCAAGAGUGCUUUCUGGAACUUAAGCCACAAACCCCACCUCCCAUUAUCUCUCCAUCUCUUAAUGCUCAGGAAUCUGAUUGUUUUUUUGUUGUUUUUCUUUCAAAGUGCUCUUAAGAGGUUCCAUCAAUGCUAGUCCCUCUCCUAUCUCUCUCCUUCCAAUUUCUUUGACGCACAAUCUCUGGCAGAAACUAAUCUACUCCAAGACCCCUAGCCCGCUGCCAAUGAGAUGUUCCCUUCCACAGCCCUUGGAUCUCAGCUGCUCUGCCAUCCAGGACAGGGAACCAUUUUAACAUUCUCUCAGCAGCUCAAAGGUUGAGGGCCCUGGUGGAGUAGGGAAAACGGGCUUCUUCCUAUAAGCCUAACACACACCCCAAUGGGCCAUUACUUCUACCAGCUCCAAACCAACUCAGCUGGGAGCCAAUCACUAGACUUCAAAUUUCUAGGCAAAGCUUCUGCUUUUAAUCUUACCAUGGCUUUCAGAAGCCCAUAUAAGUUCUAUGAAGAUCUACUGCCUAUGUUAGCAGGGAAAGGAUGACUGAGUAUGUAAUUUUUACCUUAUUUUAUUUUUUAAAAUAAUUUUCUUUCAAGAUGCAGCUUUAAAAAAAAUAAAAGAUCUACAAUCUGCCAACAUACAAAGAAAGAUUCUGUGCUAGACUUUAAAAGAAAAAAAAAGCCAGUCCAUUUAAAAAUAACUUCUCCACAAAAGGGGAAGGAAAAGUUCGUUCCCUAAAGUGCUGAUGGUUGUAUAGUAAAGUCCUUGCUUGAAAUUCAUUUUUUAAAAAUUUUCAAUUAUGUAAAACACCUUUGUCGGUGUAAGCAAAAUGUUUCUUUGUUCGCUGUGCGUGGACCAUCUUGGGAAAUGAUAGAGUUGUCACCAGAUUUACCUUGCUGAUAGAAAUGUCUGCCCAGUCCCCAGCCAUUAAACUUGAUCCAAGGGGCUGGUGACUGUUAGCUCACAGGCUAGGAAAACAGUCAACACGAAUGUACUGUGAAUCGUUCCUGAUAAGUGAAUAAAACAUUGUGACCAAACAAUCAGCUUAUUCACUUAUCAGGAAUCGACUGUUCUGCUAAUUCGCUGUUUUUGUUCUUCAUCUCUGUUGUAGUUCACUAUUUUUGCUGUGUUCUGUUCUUCCUCUCAUGCGCUAGCAAAAUCACUAGGAAUAUAUCUUCGUGUGACCAUGAAACGUUAUAUCGAGUGAAAAUGAUAUCUUAACAAAAUCUAUGCACUUGCUAUCAGGAACACAAUACUGGAUGUGUCUUAUAUAUAUUGAACUAUAUAGUACUCGAUUUCUUAAAUAAAGCUUAAGAAAGGA